UUAUCAUUUAUACGGUGAACGUGUGUACACAAAAUAAAUUCAUGUUCGAUAUAUGUGACACAUAAAAAAAAAAAACAGAUAAAAAAAAAUAAAAAAAAAAAAAAAAUAAAAAUAAAAAUGUUUGGCACAUCGAGAGAAAUUAUUAAAAGUUUAAUCGUGAAAUUUGGUGAGAAGUAAUAUCCAAUAUUAUUAAAAGAAAAAGAUGGCUGUCAAAACAAUAUUUUAAACGUAUCUAGGAAAAGACAUCAAAGUAAUUUACCUCGUCAAGAAAGUAUUAAAAAAGUUUUAUGUCAAAGAUAUGGACAACCAACGUUUAUGUCUCAUCCUCAUUUAUUGAAAGAUGGAGAGGUUAUGCCUGGUAUACAUCGUAAUGAAUUCGAACAAAGGAGAUUAAAAUUAAUAGAGAAUAUUAAAUUUAAUUCUGAUAAGAUAGAACAAUAUAAAUCACAGUUUGUAAUUAUACCAUCAUCUUCUAAAGUAUAUAUGUCAGAAAAAAUCCCAUAUGUAUUCCGUCAGAACACAGAUUUUUUAUAUUUCUGUGGUUGCCAAGAACCUAAUACAAUAUUAGUAAUUACGUCUGUAGGAGAUACUGUUACAUCUAUUUUAUUUAUGAAUCAAAAAGAUCAACAUUCGGAAUUAUGGGAAGGACCAAAAACUGGAGUAGAGGCUGCACCCAAUUUAUUUGGAGUUAAUAAAGCUCUUCCUGUGACAGAAUUUGAAAGAUUUUUCUUUUCCUUUAUUAACGAACAUAAAAAUAAUAUAAUUUGGUACGAUGAUAGCAAUGUCCUACAGAGUCAGCUACAUAUAAAGUUAAAUGAAUUGAUAAAAGUAAAUAAUCAAAAGUUUACUUCUCCAAAAAGUCUAUUUCAUAAAAUACGUUCAAUUAAAUCACAAAGUGAAAUUAAUUUGAUGCAAAAGAGUUGUGAUAUCGCUUCCAUGGCAAUAAAAAGAACUAUACAAGCUUCUAAACCAGAAAUGAAUGAACAUCAACUAUUUGCAAUAGUUGAUUAUGAAUGUCGUAUAAAUGGUGCAGAAUUUUUAGCUUAUCCACCCGUUGUAGCUGCAGGAAACAAUGCAAAUAUUAUUCAUUAUAUUUCUAAUAAUCAAAUUAUCCAGAAUGGAGAUAUGGUGUUAAUGGAUGCAGGUUGUCAAUAUCAUGGUUAUACAUCUGAUAUUACAAGAACAUGGCCUAUUAAUGGUAAAUUCAUGCCAGAACAAAGGAUUCUAUAUGAAAUACUAUUAGAUGUACAAAAGGAAUUAUUGCAAAUGUUGAAAGAAAUGCCAACAUUAGAUCAAUUAUUUCACUGCAUGUGUUCACUUUUGGGAAAAAGAUUACAAGAAGUAGGAUUAAUACCAAAAAGUUUAUCCGGAGAUAAAUUAAUAUCAGCUGCGUUUAGUUAUUGUCCGCAUCAUGUAAGCCAUUAUUUAGGAAUGGAUGUACACGAUACUGCCAAAAUUUCUAAUAGUGUACCAUUACAACCUGGAAUGAUUAUAACUAUUGAACCAGGUAUAUAUAUUAAUCAUAAAAAUCCCUUGGCACCAUCAAAUUUCCAUGGCUUAGGAAUACGAAUUGAAGAUGACGUUUUAAUAAAAGAAAGUGGUCCUUUAGUAUUAUCAAAAAAUUGUCCAAAAGAAAUUACUGAAAUAGAAGCUAUUGCAAGUGAAAAUCAGUCUUAAUUAAAAUCGACUUUAUAAUAAAAUCUAUUAAAAUUUCUUAGUAUAUAAACAAAUUUAUGAAAAGAAUUUAAUGGAGGAAAAUACAUUACCCAUCUUAUUUUUUAAUUAAUGCUCACUAAUAACUCAGGAUGUCAUAGAAAAUCAAUUUUUAAUUUUACAUGUAUAUAUAUAAAUUACACAUAUGUAUAUGUAUAAAAAUUGAUAACAUUUGGAUUAAACAUUAUUAUAAUAUUUAUAAAUGCAAAUCAUCAGUUUUAUUCAAAAAUUUGUUUAAACGGAAACAAAUGAAUAUUGUAAACUUGUAUCCAGUACAACAUCAUCAAGAGUAAUAAUAAUAAUAUAUAUGCAAGAAGUGCUAACAUGAACAUGUAUAUAUAAUAAAAAAAAAAAUCAAUAAUAUUUUAUUGCAUACAAAUUGCUAGAAUAGAAAAAUAACAUUCUAUGGUGUAUUUUAUAUCAAAGAUCAAAGUAAUCCAAAAAGAUCGUUUAAUCUCGUUAAUAAAAAAGAAAAGAUGGAAUUUUUAAACUUUUUCAAUAUAUCUAAGACCUCUCAACUUCUUGUCUGCUUUUUUCAAAUUAAUAAAAUUAUUAAGCUGAUUUACACGUAACUUGGCCCAGACCAUGUGAUCGUGAAGUGCAUGUAUUUGAGCUGCAGCAAGUGCUGCACUCUCUGGAUAUGCAACAGUGGUGCAACCAAUUCCUGCAAAUAUGAUUAAAAGAAAAAAAAGAAAGCAUUAAUUAAUUACAUAUCCUACAAUAUUUUUUAACCCUGUAUAUAUACAUUAAUGCAGUAAGUAUUUAGUAAGUUACAUUUACAUAUUUCAUAAUCUUCGAUUUGAUAAGCAAAUUUCGCAAUCUCUGUACGUCAACAACGUAUUUAUAUAUAUAUAUAUAUAUUUUUUUUUUAACGUUUAUAUAUAAUUAACAUAGAAAUUAUAAGUUAAUAAGAAAUAUAUGUACAUACCUGAAGGUACAUUUAUAGAUGACCAUAUGUCUUUCGUAAUCUUUCCUGAUUUAAAAGGCGGACAAUUAAUGACUGGAAAAACAGUAUUUCCAGACAAUACUGGACCUAAUCCAUUACUUCUCCCUGCUACAGUAAUGAACACCACCUACAUGAAAUAAAAAGAACUUCUGAUAUCAAAGAAAUAAACAAUGAACAUAAAUCACUAUCUUUUUUUUAUCAUGUUUUUAAAUUAUCCUUGAGCAAAAGCCAUUAAUACCGCCUUAGGUCAUUGUAAAUCUAUAUAUUAUUACUAUCCACAAUUCCAUUCUGUUAGAAAACAGUAAUGAUAAUGAUAAUAUUAUUAUAAGUAUUGUACAAAUUAUAAUUAUUUU